GUUGUGUUUAAAGCAUGUGGCUCUUUGUUGUAAAGGGAUUGUGAGUAAAUAGAAAUAUAUGUAAAUAUUGAAAACAAGUUAUUUUAGUACUGUGUUUGUUGCAUUAAUUUAUUAAUUUAUAACAUUCAAUGCAAUUUUAUUAAAGAUGCACAUCUUAACUAGAUUUUACACAUUUUAUGAUUAUGACUUAUGCAUUUGGCAGUAUAGUAUUUUAUUUUCAUUGUAUAAAUUAUAUAUUUUUUCAUUCCACUGCAAAUUUUGGCAAGAUGAUGUUGAACUUGAACCGUUUUAUUUUUUGUUUGUGUGUAUGAAUACACAUUUGUGUGUGUGUGUGUGUGUGUGUGUGUGUGUGUGUGUGGUUAGACUGGAAAGACAAUUAGCUUGAACUUCAGUUGAUCUCUGGAAGCAGUUUAUCACAUGCAAUUAUCCAAGUGGGAGGUCAAGGACAGGUCUGUUUGAUAGAUGCUGUGUAAAGAAGUGUGUGUGUGCUUUGUGAUGUAAACAAGAAAGUGUACUUGUCUUGUGCUUGUAGUCUUCCUGUAGCAUUAAAGUGCUGAUAUAGAAGGGGCCCAAAUGUAAUUUAUUGCCUCACUGCCCAAUGGGCUUAACCUUUUCAUAUUAAGACUUUUCCUGAAUCUUAUUUCACUGCCCAGCUUACAUAGUGGUUAAUCUUUUGGUUGUAUAUCUAACAACAUUGUCCUGGACAGAGCAAAUCAACAGAUACAGGACUAUGCUAUAUGUACACUCGCCAACAAGUGACCGUGUUUGUGUAUGUGGUUGGAAUGAGCCAGACCCCCCCCCCCCCCACCCCCCCCACCCCAAACACACACUCCACCAACUCAGGGAGUGCUACACAUUCCCAGCGUUCUUCUGAGGGGGGUCGGAAGAGAAGGAGGACGUUUAUUUCACUCUGUACAGUGCUAGGACUCAGGCCUUCAGAGCAAUGAUGAGAUUAUCCCCAAGUUCAACCACAACUCUUUCGGUUCAGGACAAGAAUGGGGGGCUUUGUGAAAUCAUCUGCUUGGAUUACUAAAAUUAUCCAGUAAUCAGGAAUGACUGACGAAUGAAAAAAUCAUGGAAAUUCAUUGGUCAAAAGGUCUGAUGAGUAUUCCUGCUGCUGCAUCAGUUCAGUCAGGGGGUGGAGAGAUGCAAUCACCUGGGGCACUUAGCCCCUCCUUCCUCCCGCCCCCAAGUGGAAAAGUUCCAGGUCGCAAGAGGGGUCGCCCACCCCUGAAGAGGCACCCGGAAUAUCAGAGUCGCUACCCAGAAUCCUUCCCGCCCAUUAAAGUGCCUAAGAAGAGAGGGAGGAAGCCUGGCUUUAAGCUGAAGUCUCGCUUGAUGACACCCCUGGCCAUCUCUCCUCCCAGUAGCACCCCGGAGCCAGACAUGAGCUCAAUCCCCCAGGACGCUGCUACUGUGCCCCACUCAGCCACCCCACAGGUCCUCACAGUGUGUAUCUAUGUGAAUAAGCAUGUGAACACGGGUCCUAACCUGGACAGGAAGAAGGUGCUGCAGCUGCCCGAUCACCUGGGUCCUGCCAGGCCCUCUGUGGUGCUGCAGCAGGCAGUACAGGGCUGCAUUGACAGCGCGUUUCAGCAGAAAGCUGUCUUCACCCUGCUUACCGAGGGCUACGGGGGAGAAAAGAUCUCAGCAACCUUUGACGGUAAGCAGCAUUUGUUGAGUUUGCCAGUGGUCAACAGUGUGGGUUACGUCCUCCGCUUCCUCAAGAAGUUGUGCCGAAGCCUGUUGUGUGAGAAGCUCUUCAGUGACCAGCCCAUCGCCCCUUCAUCGUCUCCCUCCUCUUCUUCCUCAUUCCACACUGAAAAGCACUCAGACGGACAGCACAAGUCAACAGAUUCAAUGGUGGAUGAUUACCAUGGUGAUUCAAUUAACCCUAAGCGGUAUUCUGCGGACCUCAGUGACUCUGCCUAUGGUGCAAUGUCCUCACUGUACACUGCGAGUAAACCUGCUUACGGUUUUCGAUCUGGUACCUCCUACUCUGGAGGUGUGUGCAGGCAGGCAGCCAGUCCCAGCACUUUCACGGAAGUAAACAGAAGUGCCUACAGUCCAUCCCCAGAAGGAGGGGAGGCAAAGCCCCCAUCCAGUAAGGAUCCCUCCAGGUGGAGUGUGGAUGAGGUGGUGUGGUUUAUCAAGGAUGCAGACCCUCAAGCGCUGGGCCCGCACGUGGAUCUCUUCAGAAAACAUGAGAUUGAUGGGGAUGCUCUUCUUCUCUUGAAGAGUGACAUGAUCAUGAAGUACCUGGGACUUAAACUGGGCCCGGCUCUCAAGCUCUGCUAUCACAUUGACAAGCUAAAACAGAAUAAGUUUUGACCUGUCUCUGAACCCUACAAACACACGCAGAUGGAUUCACUCACAGUAUUUACUGUCAGACUCAUUUGUUGUAGUACAGGACGUUUUUGUCCCCUCUUCUCUGGUCAUUUAAGGACAAGCACCAGACCAUUUUUUUUUUACUCGUUUGGUUUGUCUGCCUGUAUAUUGGGACAUUUCACUGACCAGAACAUUUCCUUGUUCUCAUUUUAAGUGUUUUAUUGAUUACUUGAUACCUGAACACUGCUCGAAUCAAAUGGCAAGUCAUCUCAACUGCCUUCUGGGAUUUGAGUUAUUUUUCCUCAAGCCAGAGUUAUGCAGAUGAGUUAAAAGUGUACAUGCUUCUUCAAAUGGACGGAGUAACAAAGGUAUUAGGCCACAGACAAACUCGCUCCCAUUUUAACAGCCAUGGACAUGGACUGUCUAAAAUCCCUGUGAACUUCAGCCACCUGCUGGUGAAGUGGAGUCACUGCAACUCUUUGACAUUUACUGCUAUUCUAACCAGGAACCAUUCAGUUUUUUCAGCUGCUUCAGAGGCUGCUAAUCUGGGAGAUCAGUAACACACACAAUUCAGAAUUGUGCUCUUAACUAACAAAUACAGUACGUACACAGUUUUGGUAGGAUACAACUAUGAACAGUUACAAUUGCAACCAGCAAAUAACAGGCACAAAUGUAACCCUACUCGUCAGUGGACCAUUCACAUCAUCUUUGGGAAGCCUCCUUGGCAGUUUAAGUCAAAACUAAACAGGACACACUACAAGGCAAUUACUGUUACUGUAAAAAAUAGUGCAUUACAAACAUAGUAAUGUGUACCAGGUGCUGUUUCUCAACCAGCAAGUCAAGUUUAACGAAACAAUUAUAAUAGUACAGUACUUUAUAUUUCAUACUGUGGACCAAAUACACUGAUUGUUCUCAUAAGUCCCAACAUUUAUUGUUUUCCCUCUUUUUGGAGCAGAGGCCUCAUAUUGAAAAGCUGCUCUGAUACAACACAAAAGUAAACUUGUGAUUUUCUUAAGAAAUAUGUACUGCUUUACAAUGAUGUUCAAUUCAUUCAGUACAUUGGUAUCAUGAACUAACAAUGAACUAUACUUUUACAGCAUUUAUUAAUCUAGGCUUACCAUAAUUUCUACAUAUAGUACUGUUCAAAUUUUGGGGUCAGUAAGAAAUAAAUGGAACUUUUUUUUUUAACCAAGGAUGCACUUAAUUAAUCGAAAACUGACUGUAAAGACAUGAUUUCUACAAAAAUAAUAAGUAGUACAAAUAGUGAAAAUAACAAGAAAUGUUUCUAAAGCACCAAAUCAGCAUUUUAGAAUGAUUUCUGAAGAAUUAAGUGACACAGAGGACUGUAGUAAUGACUGCUGAAAAUUAAUAAUGCAUCAUGAACAAAUAUGAAUUAACAAUGCACAAAAGUAUAUUUAUAAAUUACCAUUAACAUUAAUAAAUGAUGUAAAAAUGUAAGUCAUUGUUAGUUCACAUACCUAAUGCAUUAACAAAUGUGAAAAAAUUGAACUUUAUUGUAGUGUUGCAACAAAAUGUGUACAACAUGUUUGAACCCAUUUUUAAAGUUCUGUAAUAUUUUGUAUGUGGGUUUGAAUUUUCUCUCUACGUACAGUAGAUAUGUGAAUAGAAAUGUGUGAACGAGUUAUUUAAAUCUCCUAAGGCAUUUCAGGAAAUUAAUAUUAUUUUUAUAUUAUUGGUAUUUUUUUAUUUUGCAAAAAUGGCAUUUAGAAUCACUGUAUUGUUUUUAGACAGGUGAACUUGAAGGGAUUGUUUAUGCAGAAAUGAUUAUUUUGUCAUCAUUUAUUCAACCUCAUGUCGUUCUAAACAUGUAUGCCUUAAAGUGAAAUUCAGUUCUGUUCCACAGGAAAAAUAAAGUCGUACAAGGUUAAAAAUGA